AUGCUCUCGAUUUUUCAACUCUACGCAAGUAUCGCUUCAGGCAUCUCCGUGCUCAUCAACGCUUUUCUGCUCGUUUUGUCGGCGAACAAAUCGAUUGAUGCAAUGCAGGAAUUGCGUUAUUUCUUGUCGAAUGUCUCCGUGGCGGCCAUCGUCUUCUCCGUGUGCAAUUUUCUCAUCCAACCGCAAAUGGUUUUUCCUUUUGAAAGU